GUGGUUGUUUAUAGCAGUGUUGGUUAGAGUAAGACCCCCUCCCCCUCUGUGGGGUACCUUAACUUUACUAUGUUUUUUAACCAAAAAGAAUUUCGUUUCUUUAGAACUUUUUGUACUAAAAACCAAACGACUUUUUAAUGUGACUUCCGUGUUUAUUAGCCUGUGAUCUCUCUGAUCUGUCUUUUGCUGCUCUGUGAGUGAGGUGUGGGUGACUCCUUGUCUGUAGGGAAGCUGAGGUUUGAGGGUGUGAUUCUUUGACUUGUGUGAUUGGGAAUCCUAGCUCUAAGCAAGCAUGUGGGUUUUUUACCUACAUGGAAUUGGAAUGUUUUGGCACACGGAGUAAUGUGUGUUCACUGUAAAAACAGUGGGACAGAGAAAUUAUAUGGCUCUUUCUUUGGUUCUAACCUUCUUCUGGACUCCAGAGAAAAGGAGGGCUCUUUUUCAUGAAACUUGUAAAUAGUUCACUUUUUUUCUGUCCAAGUUGAAAACUAGAUCCGACUGGUCCUGGAUCUGUGGGUGUAUUUGCUGAUUCAUAGGCGGCUGGACACAUCACGGCGUGGUGAUUGUUAGGAGCAGAAGGAGGUGCCCCUGAGCGCCAGCUCCGCGGCAUGAAUGAACGGGGGUUGACGUGGCCACAGUCCGGUGCUGAACUUGCCCACGCCCCAGGUCAGCGAGCGGAGGGACCCACACCCCAGUCGAAUGCAGAUGCCGCAGGGGAACCCGCUGCUGCUGUCAUACACCCUGCAGGAGCUACUGGGCAGGGACACUGUGCAGGUGGAGCUCAUUCCCGAAAAGAAGGGCCUUUUCCUGAAGCAUGUGGAAUACGAGGUUUCCAGCCAGCGCUUCAAGUCCUCCGUGUACAGACGGUACAAUGACUUCGUGGUUCUCCACGACAUGCUGCUGCAGAAGUUUCCCUACCGCAUGGUGCCGGCCCUGCCGCCCAAGAGAGUGCUGGGAGCCGACCGGGAGUUCAUCGAGGCCCGGCGGAGGGCGCUGAGGCGCUUCAUUAACCUGGUGGCCCGGCACCCCCCGUUCUCCGAGGACGUGGCCCUCCGGCUGUUCCUGUCCUUCAGUGGCCCUGACGUGCAGAACAAGUUAAAGGAAUCAGCUCAGUAUGUUGGAGAUGAAUUCAUGAACUGUAAGCUGGCUCCUCGGGCCAAGGACUUCCUCCCGGCCGACAUCCAGACUCAGUUAGCCGUCAGCCGGGAGCUCAUUCGGAACAUCUACAACAGCUUCCACAAGCUUCGUGAUCGGGCUGAGCGGAUUGCAUCGAGGGCCAUCGACAAUGCUGCUGACCUUCUCAUAUUCGGGAAGGAGCUGAGUGCUUUGGGGUCUGACACGACCCCGCUCCCCUCCUGGGCCUCUCUGAACAGCAGCACGUGGGGGUCCCUUAAACAGGCGCUGAGAGGCCUGUCCGUUGAAUUUGCACUGCUUGCUGACAAAGCUGCCCAGCAGGGCAAACAGGAAGAGAAUGACGUGGUGGAGAAAUUGAACCUCUUCUUGGAUUUGCUCCAGUCCUAUAAAGAGCUGUGUGAACGGCAUGAGAAGGGCGUGCUGCACAAGCACCAGCGUGCACUGCACAAGUACAGCCUGACGAGGAGGCAGAUGCUGAGCACCACCGUGCAGAGCCGCGAGCCUGACGCCGCGGAGCAGCUGGAGUCCCGCAUCGUCGAGCAGGAGAAUGCCAUCCAGACCUUGGAGCUUCGGAGCUACUUCUCCUUGUACUGCCUGCACCAGGAGAUGCAGCUGGUCCACGUCUACCUGCCCCUCACCUCCCACAUUCUCGGGGCCUUUGUCAACUCACAGAUCCAAGGGCACAAGGAGAUGAGCAAGGUGUGGAACGACCUGAAGCCCAAGCUCAGCUGCCUCUUCGCGGGACCCAACAGUUCCCUGACCCCACCGAGGCCCCUGGAGGACGGCGUGUCUCCUCAGUAGUGCCAGUGGCCUGGGGCGGGAGCCCGGGCGGCCUCACUAAAACCUCUUUCCAAA